AUGAACCUAGCAGCUGCCUGCACCUCGAUGGAGAUGAAGGCCAAGCCGGUGAGUGGCGGAAAGAGGACCAGGGCGACUGGCGACACGGCGGCACCGAUGGAGAAGAAGAGGUCCGAGAGGCAGAGGAGGCAGCGCAUGAAGGCGCUCUGCGACAAGCUCGCGUCCCUCAUCCCAAAACAACACUUCCCCCACGCUGAUGCAUUGAGCCAGCUAGGCAGCCUGGAUGUGGCGGCAUCAUACAUCAAGAAGCUCAAGGAAUGGGUCGAUGAUCUACAACACAAGAAGGUCUCUGCACAAGCCAUGGCUACGUUACUGGGAGUUAGUGGCAUCUCGACGCCCACUAUCACUGCUACCACAAGCAGCGGUGCGGGGUCACCAGAAGGAGGAAAAAAAUUGGAGGUAUCACCACGGGUAGUGGAUGUGCGGCAAUACGACGAUGAAAGCAUGGAGGUAAGGCUGAUAUGCAGCACAGAGAGGCCUAUCAAGAUCCAUGAGGUGAUCACCAUUCUUGAGGAAGAAGGGGCUGUCAUCAUUAACGCUAAUCACUCUGUUGCUGCCGACAGAAUAUUCUACACUAUACACUCCCGGGCUUUCAGCACAAGAAUUGGUAUAGAUGUUUCAAGAAUUUCCGAACGACUGGGAGCAUUGGUAUGA